AUGUCGACUACGCAAAGCGUAGAAAGAGCCACAAUUCAAUCAUGGCUUGAAGGCUUCCAUCGUGCGAGUGCCGAGCUGAACGCAGAAAAGUGGUGUACCAACUUCAUGACCGACGACGUCGAACUCCAGUAUGCCAACAAUCCGGUGUUGAAGGGAGAGAAGGUCAGAGAUAUGUUCUCAAGAGUAUUCCAACAGCUGGAUUUGAUGGAGCAUGAAAUUGUGUACUUUGACUAUGUGGCACCACGAAUUUAUCAGGCUGCUCGGAUCCGAUAUCGGGUCAAGGGCGAUGAUGCAUGCCAGGACAUUGAGAUCCCGGGUUUUGCAACUUUCUUUGUGCGUAAGGAACCAGAUGGGCUGUUGAAAUGUUACAGGGCUGAGACCUUCCUCGAUCCUUCACAAGUAUUUGCUCGGAUUGCUCAAAAGUCUGCUGAGGAAUCCUGA